CGCCGUUGUGGCUCAAGGCUUUUUAGAUCAAGUACGUUUGAUCCCCGAUCGGCAUAGCUUCGUGUAGCUAUCGGUACCGAAUAGCUUCGUAUAGCUUCAUUUUCAAUCAUACACGGUCCAAGCUAUGUUUCGAGUCAUGGCGCAACUGUGCGCAGUGGGGCUUGUAACUACUUGCGCUGAGCACGUGGACCUGCAGCUCAUGCAGAUGAACACGGCCAGUCUCUUGCGUGGCAGUGGGAUCCAGCCGGGAUGCCAUACCUCAACCCAGGGCGACGAGUGUUACGAGAAGGUGCUGUGGGCGAUGCGGACGGGCAUCAAACAAAACCCAAAGUGGUAUCUCCCUCUGACGAGUAAUUCCAGCUUCGAGGACUUCCAGCAGCACCUGCACACCGUGGGUCGGCUCUCUGACGUGUGCAGAAAGCCAUGUGCAGCGGCGCAGUCAGAGAAGCGACCGACAGAGCAGUUGCCCGCAGUGCCACAGGAGUGCCGCACCAGUGUUGAGGGCGACGCGUGCUACGAGAAGGUUGAGUGGGCGAUGCGGACGGGCAUCAAAAAGCACCCCGCAUGGUAUUUCCCUCUGACGAGUAAUUCCAGCUUCGAGGACUUUCAGCAGCACCUGCACGCCGUGGACAGGCUUUCUGACGUGUGUCCCAAGCCAUGUGCAGCGGCGCAGUCAGAGAAGCGACCGACAGAACAGUUGCCCGCAGUGCCACAGGAGUGCCGCACCAGUGUUGAGGGCGACGAGUGCUACGAGAAGGUUGAGUGGGCGAUGCGGACGGGCAUCAAAAAGCACCCAGCAUGGUAUUUCCCUCUGACGAGUAAUUCCAGCUUCGAGGACUUCCAGCAGCACCUGCACACCGUGGGUCGGCUCUCUGACGUGUGCAGAAAGCCAUGUGCAGCGGCGCAGUCAGAGAAGCGACCGACAGAGCAGUUGCCCGCAGUGCCACAGGAGUGCCGCACCAGUGUUGAGGGCGACGCGUGCUACGAGAAGGUUGAGUGGGCGAUGCGGACGGGCAUCAAAAAGCACCCAGCAUGGUAUUUCCCUCUGACGAGUAAUUCCAGCUUCGAGGACUUCCAGCAGCACCUGCACGCCGUGGACAGGCUUUCUGACGUGUGUCCCAAGCCAUGUGCAGCGGCGCAGUCAGAGAAGCGACCGACAGAACAGUUGCCCGCAGUGCCACAGGAGUGCCGCACCAGUGUUGAGGGCGACGAGUGCUACGAGAAGGUUGAGUGGGCGAUGCGGACGGGCAUCAAAAAGCACCCAGCAUGGUAUUUCCCUCUGACGAGUAAUUCCAGCUUCGAGGAUUUCCAGCAGCACCUGCACGGUGUGGACAAGUUCUCCGAUGUUUGCCCCAAGCCUUGCUCUUGGCGGUCAGCAGACCAGCUCCGGAUAAGUAAUGGUUCCCCGAUGCCUACAGCUCAAUAUAUAGGAACUCCGAUGCCUACAGCGCAGCAUGUUGGAACUCCAAUGCCAACAGAAAUCCAUGAGGAUGACCUACUAAUAUCGGCCUAUCCUGGAUACGAGCAAACCGGUCGCAAUUGCCAGUGUGGAACACCAAUCAGAGAGUUGUCAGAAGAAUUCGCGUCUCUCGAGUUGUGUGCCUCGGAGUGCUCAUUGAUCCCCGACUGCAAGGCCAUCGGUCUUCACCCUUGGCAGUCGAUCUGGAGAGGCCACUGCGAACUCUACGAUGUACCGUGUGGGGAAACGAACGGGCAUGACUCUAACACCACCUGUACCAACCCAACCCCGCUUGGAGCCCUCAGUGUCAAUUUUAACCGGGUACCGACGCCCGCGCCCACUCCUGCACCCACGCCUGCACCAGACCCUUGCGAUGUUACGGAUGGAUCGUUUCUGAGUUCUUCCUACCCGUGUCAGUGCGGGCCUGACGUGGUGUGUGUCACAAGCGAGGUUUGCUCAAAGGACAGGUCAGGCUAUUCGUGCUCUCCUCCGGGCAUUCUCAAGGUAGAAUGGCCGUGUUUGACGAUUUCGAUCGGCAGCCCCUACUUCGUGCUUGCUGGGAGCAGCGCAACAGGAGCGCCAGUAUACAGCAACACCGAUGGCAAUUACAUAUAUUGGGACGUGUCGUGCGAUGGCAUCGAGCGACCUUUGCAAUAUCAGCAGCCGCGAUGGAUUCUCGACUCAGACUCACCAAACAUGACAGCGACCAUGGAUUUAGAUUCUGAUUCGGAGUGCGCUUAUUUUGGGCAUCACGGUAGUACUGAUUUCAAUAGUGUCCCUUUGGGGAGCACAGUUUGGACGGUGGCAUGCGACGGUGAAGUUUCCGACAUGACGGUGAACAUCACAUAUGAAGCAUAUCUUCCCACCCCAUCGCCGACGAUGGAACCUGGGGCACCGUGCACCUGUGACCAGGGAUGUGGCAUGUUUCCUUACCUUGACUUAGACGGUGAUGGUUGCCUAGUGGAGGCAGAAGUGAACAAAGAUGAGAGUCUCAGCGGGCACUUUACCGAGAUCGACACGGACGGGGAUGGCUGCGUUACCCAGACAGAGUGCGGGGACUCGCCGUAUGAUUUGCCUAGGUUCCCAAUCCAGGGCCCAGCUGAAUGCGGCUACGGAUACUAUUUCAUGGACGGCACCAGCGUCUGCCAGCAAUGCACCAACGGUGCCACGCGGCGGCGCCGCUCGGAGGCCUGCAGCGACUGCCCCGCGGACAAAGAGGACGUGGGCGACUUCGAUAACUGCCUCUCGGGUGUGUGGCUCACUGAACCCCUCGCGAUUGGGUCCCGCGUUGCUUUCGUCAACAAGGACAUAGACGAGAGCGGGGUAUUGCUGCAGAAGGGCGAUGGGAUCACCAUGUCGACGCGAAACCCUGGCCACUUCGAGAGAAUGACUAUCAUCGACAAGGUUGGUUUCAAUGAUACCCAGACGUUGUCGUCAGAAUAUGAGUCCCUGCUCAGUGAGAGUGGGCCUUUCUUCGUGCUGGACCACGGGGUGAACGCGCCCUUCAACAAGUUCGACGCGAUCGUCUCUGCUUGUACAAAUGUCAAUGGAAUCUCGCUUAGCGGACAGUAUCCCUGCGGAUGCGGCAUAGAAAUCUGCGAUGUCGGGUACAGGUGUGACGAGCAGUGCAGUGGGAACAACACGGUCCUUGAUUCCUACAUGGGCAUCAGCUACGGGAACGGCGGAUGUUGCAUCGGCCCCCCGGUCUCUCCUCUGCCCACCCCAGCCCCGACGGUGUCGGCCAAGGGUGACCCGCACUUGGUCAACCUUCAAGGCGAGCAUUUCGACAUUAACCACGGCGGCGAGUUCACAUUGCUCCGGAUCCCGCAGGCCGCCGACAGGACCGCCGAGGUGCAGCUUCAGGCAACGAUCCGCCCCGAGCACGGGAAGCCAUGCACCACGUACAUCACCGCGGUUGAGCUAUCGGGCGCGUGGAUUGGUGAGGCUGUCGUGCAGGUGCGCUCCUACCUCAGGUCACACACCAAGAAUGGAAGUGACGAGCUCUUGGGGCUCCGGGUGCUGGAUCCAGGCGCGCCAGAAGAUGUACCGUGGACGAGGCUCGCGGAUUGGACCGAUGGAAACAUCCUUCUCUCCGAGCAGCAGGCAAAGGAAGGCGUCAGGGUGACGAUGGCCAAGUCACAGUGGCGCACCAAAAAGAGCGUGAAGGAAGGAUUGCCGACCGUAGCCGGGCAGAUUCAGAUCAUGAUGCAAAGCAAGUUGAGCGAAGAUUCCGCGAUGAUCGUGGUCCGCCAAGACCUCCCCAUGCAGGAGCACCUGAAUUUGGCCGUACGGCGUUUGAGCGCACUCGGUCGUGCAGACAUUGGCGGACUUCUUGGGUUCGAUGCGCAUGCCGAGUCACUAGAGGACGUCACGCCAGAGUGCCAGCGUCACAGGGAUGGACUGGACACGAACAAAGGUCCGCGCUCAACACCACGCUGGAAGAUUCGUUGGCAGAGGAUCAAGGAGCAGCGCGCGAGCAAUCCCGUACCUGGUGGGUCAAUGAACGACAACGAAGCGGCUGCCAACUUCCUUGGCCUUGGUAAGAUGCGAAUGCAAGAGAAGGACAUGAUGUGCGUCUGCCCCAACGGAGGUCCCAUGCAUCCCACAGGGGACGACUAUGCCGCGAAUCUGAUAGGUGGCAGACGCCUGGGCGUCCUUGCAAAGUUCCAGACUGGCAGGUUUGCGGAGGCAACGUGGGACUGAUGAGCACGCGUCGAGUUGGCCGGCGCGAUCGCCGGCAUCUAUCCGCGCAGCAGCCUUGGGCUCCCGUGUCCCGUGUCUACCUCAAGAAGCUUGCGGGGUUGCGGCUUGGGCGUCUGGCAGGCCUUGCUACGUCGACACGGGUCGCCAGGGGCGGCGGGAGAUUGGUUGGGGCUUCGGCGGGGGCCAGCGGAGAUGAAGGAGAGAGAGAGAGAAAGAGAGCCGUCUUUUCGUAAUUAAUUCAUGUCAGCUACGCACUUUUGUGGCUUUUGAUCCGUUGAGUCUUCUUCGGUUUGCGUGUGCGUGCUCGAUCCCCUUGGCUUCGCAAUGUGUUUAAUAACACGUCUUGGGGCUUCUGUGCCAUGUGCGCACGCGUGUAUCGGGAGCAGCACGUCGAUUGGACGUACCUGAUACCGAUCAACAUCGUAACCACUGCAGCGUGGGAAGUCUAUCACUCUUCUGGAAUGAAUAUUGAGGCAAGCUCUCGGUCCAGAGAGGUUCUUUGCUGUUAAGUUGAGGUUUAUGAAAAGGAGUCCAUUGAGGUUCUUUGCUGUUAAGUUGUUGCUUGCAUGUAAGUCUGACUCGGUCCCAGCAGGCACCGAGAUUUGACACCUCAAUUAGUCAAGCGUAAGCAUGGCUUCUUCACAACUGACGUGCUUUGCCUCCGUUGCCAGUGUGUCAUUCACGGCUCCUUCCCCUGGGACAGCCAGAACGUGCACGUUGUUGUACAGCCAUGCGUGGGGUUGUUCGGCACGCCCUGUCGGGGAGAGCCACCUUGCGAUGUUCGAGCGCAAGUAGUGUCUAGGGCGCAGGCGACCGGCACGAAGAUGCAGCCCAGUGCUACAGUCGUGGUUGCGCGGGAUGCCUACGCCUGCGGCUGCACCCUCCGUACCUUCCGCGACAAAGUUCGAGCUCUUUUGUGGUCAUAUUCCAUUCAUGUUCGAUGAGUUACAAAAAAAAUCCUUGUGGAA